CUGUGGUGUAGAAGCAGUUUUUAUCUAAACAUAAAUAGAUCUAAACAAAAAUAGAAGCAGUUUUCCUCUACAUGAGAUUUUGUUUUUGAGAGUUAACGAACUUUCCAGUGAAUCUUGUUGGUUGGAGACUUUCGGCGUUUGAUUGCAAACGAAAAGAAUCAGAAAGAAACAUGGGAAAAAUGGUUCCUGUUCCCAGAGUGGCUUCCAUCUCUUCCUUUCAUCUGCUUCUCUAUCAACAGCCAACUCUCCAUUGUCCCUUCUCUUCACUUUCACCUAACGUCGCCUUUACGUCCCUUUCUUCCCUCUACCCUCCUUAAGCCACUCUUUGGAUCCGCGUCGUGGACCGUCUGCCACCACUGUAGCUACCGUUUCUGCUCUCUUUUCCUUUUCUUUUUUACACCAUGGACCCUGCUACUUCCCGGCCUGCAAUAGUCAUCGAUAAUGGAACCGGGUACACGAAGAUGGGAUUUGCCGGAAAUGUGGAACCAUGGUUCAUUCUUCCGACGGUGGUUGCUGCCAACGAUUCCUUCGUGAAUCAGCCUCGGGCUUCUACCAAGACCAGCAAUUGGUUGGCCCAGCACAGCGCUGGGGUUAUGGCGGAUCUGGAUUUCUAUAUUGGCGACGAGGCGUUGGCCAGAUCCUCUAAAUCUAGUAGUACGUAUAAUCUGAGUCAUCCCAUUCGGCAUGGCCAGGUCGAGGAUUGGGAUGCCAUGGAGCGAUUCUGGCAGCAGUGCAUCUUCAAUUACCUGCGGUGUGAUCCUGAAGAUCACUAUUUUCUUUUGACUGAGAGCCCAAUGACUCCUCCCGAGAGCAGAGAGUACACUGGUGAGAUCAUGUUUGAGACAUUCAAUGUUCCUGGGCUUUAUAUUGCAGUGCAACCUGUUCUUGCUUUAGCUGCUGGGUACACAACAUCUAAAUGUGAGAUGACGGGAGUAGUUUUGGACGUUGGGGAUGGGGCUACACAUGUUGUACCAGUUGCAGAAGGUUAUGUUAUUGGGAGCAGCAUUAAAUCCAUUCCCAUUGCUGGGGGAGAUGUUACUCUCUUUAUUCAGCAGCUUAUGCGGGAAAGAGGUGAGCACAUUCCUCCUGAGGAUUCCUUUGAAGUAGCCCGGAAAGUAAAAGAGAUGUACUGUUACACAUGUUCUGAUGUGGUCAAGGAGUUCAAUAAGCAUGACAAAGAGCCAUCAAAGUAUGUUAAGCAGUGGAGAGGUACAAAGCCCAAAACAGGGGCACCUUAUUCUUGUGAUGUUGGCUAUGAACGAUUCCUUGGUCCUGAGGUUUUCUUCAAUCCCGAGAUGUACAGCAGUGAUUUCUCUACUCCUCUUCCUGCUGUAAUAGAUAAGUGUAUUCAGUCGGCACCGAUAGACACAAGAAGAGCCCUGUACAAGAAUAUUGUAUUGUCUGGUGGAUCAACCAUGUUCAAAGAUUUCCAGAGAAGAUUGCAACGCGAUUUGAAAAAGAUAGUUGAUGCUCGUGUUCUUGCAUCAAAUGCCCGAUUGGGUGGAGAAAUAAAAGCACAGCCAGUGGAAGUGAAUGUGGUCAGCCAUCCAAUACAGAGAUAUGCAGUUUGGUUUGGAGGCUCUGUGCUUGCAUCCACUCCUGAAUUUUUUGCAGCUUGCCAUACAAAGGCAGAGUACGAUGAGUAUGGAGCCAGCAUAUGCCGCACAAACCCUGUAUUCAAGGGAAUGUAUUGAUAAUACUUUGUCCCUUAUAUUCACAUGAGAGUUGGUUUCUUUGAAUUCUCAAUCCGGAGCUGCCUUCUUUAUGCUGCCGGCUGGUUAAAGGUGGUGUAGAUACUAGAAGGUAGACUAGUCACUAGUUGGUUCUUGCCUUAACAGAAACCCCUCCUUUCAUGGAAGCUCUCACUGAAAAGAAAAAAAUGUUUUAGAGUAAGAUAAUACUGGUUUUUCUUUUAAAUGAUUUAUAUUCUUAUAGAGGUAUAGAGUCGUAGUUUUGGUCUCUUCAAAAAGUGCAAUGCAACGUGAUACCUCUGCGCUUGUGUGUAUCAACAGAGAAAUGAGUAGUCAUUUUCUCGCGAAAGCUUUGCAGACAGAAGUUUUUUUUUGUUUCAGUUAGAGUGCUGGAUUACUGAUGCAAUAUGUAGCUGGUGAAUUUAGGACUAGUGAUAUGAAAUGCACUUUGAUCCUUCAACUAAAUCUUGGGAUAUCAAUGUGAUUUUUGUGCAGUAUACCCAAUUACUACAAGUUUUGUUUAU